UCCCCAGUUAGUACGCUGCUUUCAGUUCGCUGUGACCCGCUGUGUUCCCUGUGUGACAGAGGUGGGGGACAGUAGCAAUGGCUUUGUGACGUGAUGCUGAGCGGAUUGUGGGUAAUCGUAUUGUAGCAAGCAGAGAGACGUCGGGCGCCAUUUUGCCAGUAGCGACGGGGAGUACAACAUAAAGGGAAACAAAAACAAUUUUAAUUAUAAUCUUUUUUCGAAAAAUAAGCAAAUUAGUCUGUAGGCAAAGCGAAGCGAUUUCGCUGAAAAAUAAAGCGCCAAGCACAGAACGGGGGAGAGGAUGGCGGUCGACAGAAGGGACGAGAAAGAUGGUGAACUUAAUGUGUUGGAUGACAUCCUGACUGAGGCACCCGAUCAAGAUGAUGAGCUGUACAACCCUGAGAGUGAACAUGACAUUAAUGAGAAAAAAGGAUCAAAAAGGAAAAAUGAUCGAGGUGAUCAUAAUGACAACAAAAGGCCAAGAUCUUCAGGCCAUUAUACAAGGCAAGCUGUCAAGAGAGCCGUGGGUUCCACAGUAAGCAGCAGCAAGAAACCCGUGAAUGCUAGAGGCAGACAUUCUUCAGAUUACAAGAGUGAGGAAUAUCACUAUGAUAGAAAUAAGGACUCUGGUGACAGAAAUAACCACUCUGUAAGAGGGAGCAGCUCUAGGGUUGCUCAAAAAUCUCACCAUCUGAAACCUGUGAGCAGAAGAAAGGAUUCAGACAGGAGGAUUAAACCGUUAAUGGCAGAGGUACCAGAGAAACUGUGUCGCACCAGUGUGGAGAGCGGGAGGGCAAGCCGCUCUUCCAAAGAGGGUGCAAACUCAGACGAGUACGGGUCUGACCAGGAGACGGGAAGCUCGGCAUCCUCUGAGGGAAACCACUCUGAGGAUGAGGGGAUGGAUGAGGAGGGGGUUGAGUGUGAUAAAGUUGAUGGGGAAGAAGAAGAAGAAGAGGAGGAGGAGGAGGAGGAUGAUGAAGAGGAAGAUGAAGAUGAGGAGGAUGGAGAGGAGGAAGAGGAUGAGGAGUAUGAGCAAGAGGAGGCAGAUCAGCGGGAGAGGAAUGAAGAGAAUGACUAUGACACUCGCAGUGAGGCCAGCGACUCUGAAUCAGAGUCGGUGUCUUUCUCUGAGGGGGAGUCUGUUAGAUCUGGAUCAGGAUCUGAUGCUUCAGAUAAGGAGAAAAAAGAGAAGAAGCGGGCUAGAGGGAUUUCUCCAAUCGUUUUUGAUAGAAGUGGAAGCUCAGCUUCAGAAUCUUAUGCAGGGUCAGAGAAGAAGCAUGACAAACUUUCAUCCUCUGUGCGAGCUGUUCGCAAAGAUCCAACAAGUAAGCUGAAAUAUAUACUUCGAGAUGCAAGGUUUUUCCUUAUUAAGAGUAAUAACCACGAAAAUGUCUCCCUGGCCAAGGCUAAGGGGGUGUGGUCCACACUGCCAGUAAACGAGAAGAAGCUAAAUGCUGCAUUUAGAUCAGCCAGAAGUGUUAUCUUGGUAUUCUCUGUGAGAGAAAGUGGAAAGUUUCAAGGUUUUGCAAGGCUUUCAUCGGAAUCCCUCCACGGAGGGUCACCAAUACAUUGGGUUUUACCAGCGGGAAUGAAUGCAAAAAUGCUUGGGGGUGUGUUCAAAAUUGACUGGAUUUGCAGACGUGAGCUGCCCUUCACAAAAACUGCACACCUCUCCAAUCCAUGGAAUGAACAUAAGCCAGUGAAAAUUGGACGUGAUGGACAGGAAAUUGAAUUGGAAUGUGGAACUCAGCUUUGCCUCCUGUUUCCUCCUGAUGAAAGUAUUGACUUGUAUCAGGUGAUUCAUAAAAUGCGCCACAAGAGGAGGAUAAAUUCUCAGCCACGCUCGAGAGGACGCCCUGCCCGCCGAGAACCAGGUCGCGAUGUGGGAAGGCGUCGACCAGAGGAAUUUGACAUGCAAAGCAGAAAAAGACCAAGGAUUGACUAUCCACCUGAAUUUCCUCAGAGACCAGGUUUCAUGAAAGACCCUCGAAAUCAACAUAUAGACAGACGUUUUACAGGAGUGCGACGGGAUGUGUUUCUAAAUGGGGCGCUCCCUAGCUGGCCUCGUCAAACCUCCCAAGAGCAGCACAAGUCUUACAAUGAUUAUAUGAGGGAAUUUCAUCACAGCAUCGGGCCACCCCCUCCCUGGCAGGCAAUGCCUCCCUAUCCUGGAAUGGAGCAGCCACCACAUCAUCCUUAUUACCAGCAUCAUCCUCCACCACCUCAAGCUCACCCACCAUACUCCGGACAUCACCCAGUGCCACAUGACACCAGAUACAGAGACAAACGUGUGCACGAUUAUGACAUGAGAGUAGACGACUUCUUGCGGCGCACACAGGCAGUGGUGAGCGGGCGCAGGAGCCGUCCCCGGGAAAGGGACAGGGAACGUGAGCGUGACAGACCCAGGGACGCACGCAGAGACAGAGAACGCGAUAGGGGUCGGGAGAGAGACCGAGAGAGGGAGCGGAUCAGGGACAGGGAAAAGGAAAGGGGAAGAUACCGAAGAUAAUAACCCAGCACUGUUGAAUACAAAAUCCUUUGUUUUUACAGUUGUGAAACUUUUUGUUGAAGUUGUCCCCCUUUUUUUUUUUUUUUUUUUUUAAGAAACAAAAAAACAUUAAUUACUUUUUUAUAUAUUAGAACCAAUGGCCCAUGUAUGUUUUGUGCAUGCAGUAUAACGAACUGGAGAAAAAAUCUACCAAAAAUGCAUAUCUUAAACCAUUUUCUUGUUUUUUGUUUUUAUUUUUGAUUUAAGCAGGUGCACGAAUAUAUGUAUAUAUCCUUUUUUUAUAUGGACACAACUACCUGUUUGCCUUUACUGUUGCCCAGUUAUGUGUUAAUCCUGAAAACCAAGGAUGGUAACCCUGCUCUCGCCACCUUUUCUUGUUUGUUAUUGCACAUGGUUAAAUGAAGACGUUGCUGCUAAUAAGGAGUAUUCAGCUGUACUUGUACAUUGUAAAGAUGACUGUGUGGCAGUGUUGUAGCAAGUACU